CUCACUCACAGUAAUUCGUAUAAUCCUAGUAAUUGUGUUUAGAAACUUUCACCAAAUAGUGAUCGAAAAUGGCUUCUCAAUGUAGUGCAUUCAAUAUCUUUGCUGUAAUAAUAAUGAUGAUGAUGAUGAUGAUGAUGAUGAUGGUCUCACUAUCAUCAGGCAAUCAGUUUGAAGUAGGAGGUCCCAGUGGUUGGAUCAUACCACCAGAGAAUGACACUCAAUCUUACAUUGAAUGGGCUUCAAGAACUAGGUUUCAUAUCGGUGAUACUGUCUACUUCAAGUAUAACAAUGAUUCGGUUCUUGUAGUAAACAGAAAUGACUACAUAUACUGUAAUAUCUCGAAUCCGGUUGCAAAAUUUGAAGAUGGAAACACUAUAUUCCAGUUCGAUCGUCAUGGUUUCUUCUACUUCAUCAGCGGCAAACUUGGACAUUGCAAAUUGGGCCAGAGGAUUGUUGUAAGGGUCAUGGUGCACCCAUCAGAAGAAUUUAAUAAGCCACGGGAACAUGCACCUUCACCAUCUCCAUUGUCAGCCAGUGGUGUCGGGUCGCCUUCUAGUGAGCAUCCAUGGGGACAUCCCACUGUACCCAAUUCUACUUUCAGUUUGUCAUCUUCAGUAAUUGGAUCCUACUUCACGACCACUGCUAGCGUUUGGGGAAUGGUUGUUGUAUUUCUCUAUGUUCUUAUGUAGUAGUAGGACUAGGACAACUCUAGACAUUCAGGGUUCAUCAAUUUUAGGAUGUAAUUGCUUUUAACUUAUG